AUGAGUAAACCCUCAGUUCUCAUCAUCGGCGGAGGCGUCUUCGGAACCUCCACCGCCUACCACCUUGCCCGGCGCGGCUACGACAACGUAACUGUCGUCGAUCGCUUUGCCGCUCCCUCUAGAGACUCGGCCGGUACAGAUCUAAACAAGGUCAUCCGCGCUGACUAUCCCAACCCACAUUACGCUCGACUGGGACUGGAGACCAUGGGCGUCUGGAAGGAUCCUGACUCUCUCUUCAAAGGUCUCUACCGCGAGACUGGUUGGAUCAUGGGUGGCCAUGAGGAUACUAACGUGUGGUUGGAGAAUGCUAAGGUAUUGGCGGACAAGACCGGUAGAUCAGGUGUGGAGUACCUCUCUGUUGAGCAGAUGAGGGAGAAGUGGCCUGCUUUAACGGGGGAGUUUCCAGAUUGGACUAAUCUGUACAGUCCCCAGGCUGGUUGGGUUCCCGCCGGCCAGGCUCUUCUUCGCAUGGCCAUAGCCGCACAGGAGAUCGGCGUCAAGUACAUCACCGGCGAUGCUGGUCAGAUCAAAACACUGCUAUACGAAGAUGGAGCCUGCACGGGUGCCAUCGCUGCCAACGGCCAGCUCCACACUGCCGACAAAAUCAUCGUUGCUGCGGGAGCAAGCCUUCCCGGUCUUAUUGAGGGCGCUAGGACCGAUGUCAAGGCAGAGACGUCGGCAAUCUGUGUGAUCCAGCUUGAGCCGCAUGAGAUUGAAAAGUACAAGGACAUUCCCAUCAUUGAUGACUUUGAGCAGGGCAUCAUCUUUCCUCCAGAUGAGAACGGCCUUAUAAAAUUGUGCAGCGUGAGACUUGUGACUAAUUUCUUCAAUCACCAGCAUGAGGGUGCUUCUGUGCUGCACUCGUUUGGUGACUAUCCUUUUGAUGGAUGCCCCAAGGAACUCGAACUUGAGCUCCGACAAUUCGUAGCCGACAUGAUCCCCGAAUUGGCAGACCGACCCUUCAUCCACACCCGUCUCUGCUGGGACGGCAUGGCCACAGACCUCAAUUUCCGCAUCUGUCCCUACUCCGAGUCUAGAAACCUGUACAUCGCCACGGCCGGUUCAAACCAUGGUUUCAAGUUCCUGCCUAUCAUUGGAAAGUACGUGGCCGAUCUGCUGGAGGACACUCUUGACCUGGGACUGAAAGAGCUCUGGAGCUGGAAGUUUGGAAAGAAGCCCGAGGGUUUCCAGGAUCCUCAUCCGUUUCCACGUCGCGACCUGGCUCAGUUGACCGGUUGGAAAGGAAGAAAUGCCCCCGCUGCCGGAAAGCUGCCUUGGACGUGGAGUCAGAGUCGACUAUGA